CAGAUGAUUGCUUCGGAUUGAUGCCGGACGCCGAAGAAGAUGGCAGGUUCUGUUUCAUCCUGCCGGGAGAGCGCGGUUAAUCUUGGGAUCGGACAGCUGCUAAACCCCGAGACUCAGGGCGUUGGCAAUGUGCAUUGCCACAACAAGAGGAAUGUACAGUAUGCAAUGCGACAUGGCCGACCUGUCUUUUCCUGGUUUCGCAAUCCCGCCAAGACCUUCAAUAUGGGAUCAGUAACGCCUCUGCAGCUGGUAGAUCCUGGAGCCCAGAACGCACACACUCCACACACUGUGAGCACCGCGAGACGCACCACCAGGCAACCCGAUCCCGUCCUACCAUUCUCGCGAUCGUACUCGUUCUGCUAUAUGAACUGCUCGUACUCGCACCCGGGGCUUCCCAGGGGGAGACACAUAAGUAAAAGUUUUGCACGACAUCCUGUUUUGGAACUCGUAAGCCAUCCGUUCCCCUCUCUUUGGUUUCCGUUAUCUGUAUCUUCAGUCCUGGUUGACAAAGAUAACUCUUCAAACUUCACACCAUGACGACCUCAGAGGUCCUCCCCAGUGCUGACAGCACCAAUGGCUCCGACGGAGCCCCCCCCGACAUGGCAGCCAUGCAAGCCAAGUUCGCCAGCAUCCAACAAAAAUACACUGAAGAAGCCUCCAAACGCUUCCGCUCAGACGGCCUCGCCCAGUACGUCGACCUCCAGUACGCCAAGGACGCCCGCAUCCAUUCGCUAGGCAAAGAUCCCUGGGUCGACCACGCAGCUCUCAACGCCAAAACCCCCGCUGUCAAGGAUGGCGGGAGGUACAAAUUCGUCAUCCUGGGAGGCGGCUACGGCGGUCUCAUCACCGCUGUCAAGCUUAUCGAAGCUGGUCUCGUCAACGGUCCUGAUGACCUCCGUAUCAUUGAGGCUGGUGGUGGAUAUGGUGGUACUUGGUAUUGGAACCGCUAUCCUGGUCUGCACUGUGAUGUGGAGAGUUAUAUCUACAUGCCGCUGUUGGAAGAGACGGGGUAUGUUCCUAAGCUAAAAUACGCUACGGGACUUGAGCUGCGUGAGCAUGCUGAGAGGAUUGCCACAAAGUGGGAUCUCCAUGACAAGGCGCUUUUCAGGUCGGAGGUGACGGAUUGCAGGUGGAGUGAUGAGGAGGAGGUGUGGAAUGUGGCUGUGAUGGAAAACAGGGGGCCAGAGGAGGGAGAAAGGAAGCUGAAUAUCCAGGCGAAUUAUUUCUUUGUUUUGUCGGGUGUUUUGACGAUUCCUCAUGUCCCCAAGGUACCGGGACUGGAGAACCUUGGGGGGUCGAUGUUCCAUACAUCUCGCUGGGAUUAUGGGACUACGGGUGGCUCGCAGGAGGACCAGAAUUUGACCGGCUUGGAAGGGAAAAGGGUGGGGAUUAUCGGGACUGGUGCGACGGCUAUUCAGGUUGUGCCGAAGCUGGCAAAGUUUGCGAAGGAGGUGUAUGUUUUCCAGCGGACGCCUUCGUCGGUGAGUUGGCGUGGCCAGAAGGAAACGGAUCUUGAGGAAUGGAAAACAAAGAUCGCCAACAAAAAAGGAUGGCAGCGCGAGCGCCGCUAUAACUGGGUCACUUACCUUAACAACUGCGCUCCCCCAGAGCAAGUCAACAUGGUGGGCUGUGGAUGGACCGAGGCGCCUGCCUAUUGUGCUAUCAUUGGCUCUCCCAACUUUGGGAUCAUUGAGCCUACUCCAGAGAAGAUUGGCGAGCAUGUUGGGGGCCUCUUGAUGUUGGACCUGCCACGUGCUGAAAAGGCUCGUGCUCGCAUUGAUGAGAUCGUCAAGGACCCGGAAACAGCAAAGGCGCUCAAGCCUUGGUACCCUGUUUGGUGCAAGCGUCCAACUUUCAGUGAUGAGUACCUGCAGGCAUUCAACCUCCCUCACGUUCACUUGGUUGACACAGACGGAAAGGGUAUCGACUCUGCUACUAGCACAGGGCUGGUCGUGCAAAAGAAGGAGUAUCCGCUCGACAUCCUCGUUCUCAGCACUGGGUAUCGGUCUCCUGCGUAUGGUGGUCUCAACCCUGCGAAACGGACGGGAAUCAAUGUUUUUGGUCGUGGUGGAAAGUCGUUCGACGACAAGUGGGAUGCUCAGGGAGCUUCGACUCUCCAUGGUGUUAUCAGCCGCGGGUUUCCUAACCUUUUCUUUGGGCCGACUGCUCAGUUUGGGCAGUCUCCUAACAACACUGAAACGUUGGAUAUUGCGGCUGAACACAUGACUCACUUCAUCAAGAAGGCCGAGGAAAAGGUUGGGGGGCUCGCCGUGAUUGACCCGACAGUAGAGGCUGAAGAGGGCUGGGCGAUGGAAGCCGUCAAGCGAGCUGCCAAUCUUGCUGCACUUAGCGUGUGCACGCCAGGUUAUACCACUUCGGAGGGCGAGUUCAACAAGCCAAAUCAGGAUCCUGCCGAGAUGAUGAAGAGUGCUAGGAUGGGUAUUUGGUCGGAGGGCAUCUUGUCCUUUAUGAAGGUUCUUGAAGAGUAUAGGGCUGGUGAUUUAGUGGGAGUUGAUGUUACUCCGAGGAAGUCUGGGUAAUGUCCAUCAUGAAGAGUUGGAUUGUUUCUAGGAUGCAGUAGAGGUAGCUUGUAGCUUCAACGACGUUGGAUAUUUCCAAGUUCAAUAUCCUCCAGAUGGUUUCCUGGUGCCAUU